ACCCAUUUAACAGCUGCAGUGACUUGCUAAACAGUUGUGGCAGAAAUGAUUAUAACAUUGGGAAGGACCCACUUAACAACCACCUUGCUUAGCAGUGGAAAUUCUGAGCCCAAUCAUGGUUGUAAGUCAAGGACCCCUGUACUGAUUUUUUCCUACCGCCUGUCCUAUCUUUACUCUAAUGUCAGUAGAGAUCUGAAGACAACCUUUCUCCAGAUUUGCCAUGGGGCUCCUGGGAAUCCUGGCAUCCAUUUCAGCGACCGAGGUCCUGAUUGGCCUGGCUGUUUUCUGCCUGCUCUUCCUAGUCCUCCAGACCUUCCGGAAACAGGCCCCCCAGGGCCACCAAAGAAUCCCUGGGCCACGGGGCUAUCCCUUGAUUGGCAACAUGCUGGACGUGGGGACCAAUGUCCACCUCAGUUUGAGUCAGAUGAGCAAGAUCUACGGAGACGUCAUGAUGAUCCACAUCGGGACAACGCCAAUUUUGGUGCUGAGUGGUCUGGAGACCAUCAAGGAAGCUCUCGUGAGACACGGAGAAGCCUUCAAGGGGCGUCCCGACCUUUACAUCUUCCGCCAUGUGACCGAUGGACAGAGCUUGUCCUUCAGCACGGAUUCCGGCCCGGUGUGGUUUGCUCGUCGCAAGCUGGCUCAACACGCCCUGAAAACCUUUGCGUCUUCACCCAGCCUCACCUCCUUCUCCACCUGCCUCCUGGAAGAACACGUCUCCAAGGAGGCCCACCACCUGAAGGCAAAGCUCCAGGAGGUCAUGUGCGCAAAGGGCCGCCUGGACCCCUAUCUGUACUUGAUGGUGGCGGUGGCCAACGUGGUCUUGGCCAUGUGUUUCGGCAAGCGUUACGACUACGAUGACGAAGAACUGCUCCACAUUGUGACCAACAGCGAACAGUUUGUGGAGACCGCGGGCUCGGGAAGUCUAGCCAGCUUCAUCCCCGUCCUUCAGUAUCUUCCCAACAGUAAGGUGAAGAAGUUUAAGAGCUACAAUCAGCAAUUCAAUAGCUUCCUGCAGAAGAACGUGAAAGAGCAUUAUGAGAGCUUCAGGAAGG